AUGCACCGCGGACGCAUCGCCGUGAACCCGGCCGCCGGCACGUUCGCCAUGUUUCCGCCGCCGUUUCCCGUGCAGGUGCAGGCCCCGCCGUUUGCUUACCACGCGGUUCCCCUGCCGCCGGUACAGCCGCAGCUGGCGGUCCAGGUGCGCCCUGUGUGGGCGGGGAGCUUCAACGAAGAGUGGGCCUACCUCCAGAGCUUCGCCGCGUGCGCCCGCUACAUCGCCGUGGACGUGCACUACCCGGGACUCGUCCACGCCGCCGGACAGGACCUCAGCAGCCUGACGGUGGAGCACCGCUACGCGCUCAUGAAGGCCAACGUGGACGGCCUGAAGCCGCUCCAGGUCGGCAUCGCCGUCUGCGACCACCUAGGCCAGCAGGUCGCCUGGGAGUUCAACCUCCGCGACUUCUGCCGCGUCGCUGACCCGCACGACGACAAGGCCCUCGACUACCUCGCCGAGCGCGGCCUCGACCUCGACACGCUCCGUAACCACGGCGUCGACGCUUACAUGCUCGGCGCGCUGCUCAUGGGCUCCGGCCUCAUCGGCGCCGGACACGGGCGGCCGCUGUCAUGGAUCAUCCACGCCGGCGCCUACCACGUGGCGUACCUCCUGAAGAUCGUCACGGGCGGCGCCCCGCUGCCGCACGACGUGGCCGGGUUCCUCGGCGCCGUGCAGUACUACCUCGGCCAGCAGGUAUACGACGUCGCCACCAUGGCGGCCGACUGCACGGGCAUGCCGGUGGGGCUGGACUGCAUCGCCGCUAACCUGCGCAUCCAUCCGCCAUGGGGGAGCCCGCGCCUCGCAGGCGCCGCCGGCGUGCGCGCGCUUCUGGCCUUCCGGAUUUUGAAGGACGGGCAGUUCGGCGGCAACGUGGAGAGGUUCCGAGGCCUGCUUCAGGGCCUGCAACAUCUUCCACGGUCGAUCAGAAUCACACACGAGCAACGUCUUUGGUCAAGAAUUCCAAUGUGCAACGGACUCAUGCCGCCCGCCGGUUAA